AUGUCCAAGGCCACUUCCGCGGAGGCGAAGGGCUCGAAGCUGCUGGCCCAGGUCCGGGACCAGUGCAAGUCCAUCGUCAAAACGCUGUUUGGGGAGUGCUCCACCAAGCUGCGGGCGUCCACGGACUCGGUCGAGAAGCUGUUUGAGGAGCUGGCGGGCCCAGACGGGUGCAUCCCGGAGGCGACCCUCUGCAAGAAGCUGGAGUCUCUGGAAGGCCUCUCUGUCAAGCCCGAGCACGCCAAGCUCAUCUGCCACCAGAUGGGCGCGGGUGGCGUCGGCAAGUACGCGUUCAUGAGGUUCCUGCAGCGCUACUACUCCGCGGCGAGGGCCACCGUGAUCACGGACGAGUUCGACAUCGACUCCUGCAAGAUCGUGCGGAAGGUGGAGACAGGCGAGAUCAUCCGAGACUCCUCGAGGGCCCCAAGGAGGACACGAAGGCGGGGCUGCUGA